AUGGGAUCGACAACUCCCACCUACCGCAUCGCGUCAAUUCCCGGCGACGGCAUCGGCCCCGAAGUCGUGAGCGCCGCCAUCCAAGUAAUCGAACAACUUUCUGCAACUCUGGGUACCUUCAAUAUUAAAUUCACGCAUAUUCCGUGGGGUACUCAGUACUACAAAGAAACUGGACGGUACGCGCCGGCGGACUGUUUAGACACGCUCCGGAAGUUCGAUGCUGGCCUGUUUGGCGCCGUGGGUGCCCCGGAUGUCCCAGAUCACAUCUCCCUCUGGGGACUCUUAUUGGCCAUUCGUGGUCCGCUCCAACUGUACGCCAAUGUGCGUCCGGUGCGCACGUUCCCCGGGACAAAGUGCCCCCUGAACACAGCCACCGGCGGCAUCGACUGGAUGCUGGUCAGGGAAAACUCAGAGGGCGAAUACUCCGGCCAGGGCGGACGCAGUCACGUCGGGCAGCCGUGGGAGUCGGCGACAGAGGUGGCGAUGUUCACCCGCGUUGGCGUCGAGCGGAUCAUGCGAUUCGCUUUUGAGACGGCACGGUCCAGACCCCGGCGACAAUUAACGGUCGUCACGAAGAGCAAUUCCAUGCGCAACGGUAUGGUUCUGUGGGACGAGGUGGCGGCUCAGGUCGCCCUGGAUUUCCCUGAUGUCAAGUGGGACAAGAUGCUGGUGGAUGCGAUGACGGUCCGCAUGGUAUCGAACCCGCAGUCUCUGGAUACCAUCGUUGGGACUAAUCUGCACAUGGACAUCUUGUCGGAUCUGGCGGCGGCGUUGGCGGGUUCUAUUGGAGUUGCGCCGUCCAGCAACUUGGACCCGACGCGGAAAAAUCCUUCUCUAUUUGAGCCGGUGCAUGGUAGUGCUUUUGAUAUCACUGGAAAGGGAAUUGCUAAUCCUGUUGCAACGUUUUGGUCCGCUGCAGAGAUGCUAUCGUGGUUGGGAGAGAAGGAAGCUGCUAAGCAGCUCAUGGGCUGCGUAGAGAGGGUCUGCGCUGCUGGUAUCUUGACACCAGACUUGGGAGGAACCUCGAAUACUCAAGGGGUAGUGGAUGCUGUUUGUAAGGAGAUUCGGGGCUUGUCAGUGCAUAGUACUUAG